AUGUCAGUAAACGGUGAUAGCGAACCAGAACGCAAAACAAGCAAUGACAAGGAUUCCAAGGCUGAGAUCAAAGUCGGAGAUGAACAUCAGGCUCAAAUCCCAAUGUACGAAGGUCCCUACAGCCAACCCAACGAAGCCGGUGAUUUCAUGGAUACCGGCCUCACAAGCAUCUUUCGCCAAACAACAGAGCUCGAAACCUGCAUCUGGCGACCACCAAACAUCAAGAUUCCAGAGCACAAAGUCCAGGAGUUUGUUGAAAAAUGUUACCUCGAACACGGCUGGGCCGAGGAACAAGCACUGGGGAUUUUGUACGUGAGAAAGUUUAAUUUUCGCAGAGCAAUGGAUACAACUAAAACGUUCGAACCCAUGCCCAGUGUGAUGGAAAGCUUCACAGAGGAUGAUAAGAACGCGUUCUUUUAUGCUUAUAAGGUGCACUCGAGACAGUUUAGCAAGCUUAAAGGUACCGAUGAUACCAGAUAUGAUAUCAAACUUUCAAAAAUAAAAGGUUACCUGCCGCACAAAAAAAUCUCGGAGCUCGUCAAUUUCUACUACAUUUGGAAGAGGAAAGGAGGUCUCAAGAAGAAAAUCAGCCGCCUGAAUUCAGGUUCAAGGCAUUAUGACCUCGAUGCUGAUCCUGAAACGCCUGAACUCAAAGAAGAAGAAUCUGACGAAUUUUUGGACUCCGUCUUCAACGACAUCCCAAAAGAAGAAAAAGAAAGAAUCGAGAAAAGAGCGCAGCAUGAAAUCUAUCAGACGUAUCAAUCAAUUCAACUCUUCAAGCAAAAAGUCGAGGCGCAGAAAAACGAGACUCAGAAGAAGCUCAGAUCGUACAAUCCAAAUGGCGAACUUGACUUGGACCAGAUUCUCAAAGACAGACAAAUUGGCACACAAAACGUCUCCACCAUCUUCACUCCUUUCGAAGUCGCCGCUUUACUGAAAGGAGUCACCGAAUUCGGCCCCAAUUUUGAGCUCUUGUCCAGAAUCAUCCCUACGAAAUCACCGGCAAUGCUUCAACACUUCUUCGAGCAAAAGAAAAAAUUGAUCAAACAGCAUUGUUGUAACAUUCAAAGUUGA